CAUUUACGACAAGAAGACUAAUAUACUUUACGGCAAUAUCAUGGCGGCUUAUGGUCAGGGUUUUGAAAGUGCAAAUAAUAUUGAAGCAAGAAAGGAAUUUAAACGCAAAGCGAGGGAGCAGGUUCUACGGGAGGCCAAAGAGAAGUAUGAGAGGGAGGAGAAGAAGAAGGAGCUGAAACGGGCGCGGGGGGAGGACACUUGGAUGCUCCCGCAGGUGGAACAGCAGCUUCAGCAGCUGGAGCAGGAGCAUUCGGGUAAAAGCAAGAAGAAGAAAGAGAAAAAGUCCAAAAAGAGUAAAAAAGAGAAGAAGAAGAAAGAUAAGAAGGAAAAGAAGGCGGCAAAGGAAGAUGAUUCCAGCGACAGCUCAGAGCACCCGGAGGACGAGUGGGUGGAGGCCCCUGCUCCGGCUCACGUCUCUCAGAAAGCCUGGAAGAUCCAGGAUGAGAAGAACCCAUCCACCGCCAGCCCAACAGACACCAGCAAGAGAGACGAUUGGAUGACCUUUGACUUCCUGGCCAUGAAAACCACGUCCACGGAAGAGCGGCGGGCUGAGAAAGAGAAGCAGAAGGAGGCAGAGCGGGAAAAGGCCCGGUGCAUCGAGCAGGCUGGUCUGCACAAGCUGGAGCUCAACCCCUUCUGGAAGGACGGGGGGUCGGGUCUGCCCCCUGAGCAGAGCGCCACGGCCUCCGCUAAAAGAGCGGCGGUGGUGGAUGACGGGGGUCUAAGCUGGCUCAGGAAGUCUUAUCAGCGCAUGAGGGAGCAGGCCGAGAGAGAGCAGCGCAGUGUGGAGGCUGUGGUGGCAGAGAGAUACGGAUCUAUGGAGCUGUUCCAGAAGAGACUGGAGGAGGCUGAGAAUGCGGCGGGCGGGCGGAGGAGAGGUGCAGGUGCAGAGAGGUGGAGGAGAGGGGCACCCCAGAGGAGUUUCGGCAGGGGCAGGGGGGCCUCCCCUCCCACCGGCGGUGAAAAUGCGGACCGAGAGCGGGGGUGGGCCGAUGGGCGGGGCGCAUGCAGAGACGGGCACAUGGACAGGGGGCGGGACUCUCGUGGCCACAGAGGGGGCGAUAGGCUCCGGGACAGCCGGACAGAGGACUCCGAGCGGGAGCGUAGAGAGGACCGUCGAGAGAGCCCACCCCGGGGGCGGAGACACAAUGAUUCCCCACCCUGGGGGCGGAGUCACGAUGAUUCCCCACCCAGGGGGCGGAGUCACGAUGAUUCCCCACCCAGGGGGCGGAGACACGAUGAUUCCCCACCCAGGGGGCGGAGUCACAAUAAUUCCCCACCCAGGGGGCGGAGUCACAAUAAUUCCCCACCCAGGGGGCGGAGUCACGAUGAUUCCCCACCCAGGGGGCGGAGACACGAUGAUUCCCCACCCAGGGGGCGGAGACACGACGAUUCCCCACCCAGGGGGCGGAGACACGAUGAUUCCCCACCCAGGGGGCGGAGUCACGAUGAUUCCCCACCCAGGGGGCGGAGACACGAUGAUUCCCCACCCAGGGGGCGGAGACACGACGAUUCCCCUCGGAGAGAGAGCCCACAAAGGAGGCAGAGACGUACCAAUUCACCGCCGGCCCUUGGGUCCCUGAAGGCCAAGUUCCUGAAGCCUACGGCGAACGAGGACGACACGUGCACCAGUUGGGCUCGGAGAAACGAAGCCGCCCCUGCUUCAGGGUCCUCGGGCUUCCUCCGACCCAGCGACGAGGCAGGAGAGGUGCCCAGCAGAACUCCGGCCUGGAAGAAGCCCAGCUUCAGACAGCCGGAGGCAGAGGAGGACCCCAGGAGGUCUGUAGCCCCGGAGCCAUCCUCUGAUCCUGACCUCAAAGACCACAGAGGAGGGGGCUCCUCGCCCCCAGAGCAGCCAAACAGGGAGGCUAAUGCUGCCCUACGAGAGAGCCACAGACCCACGCCUCCCAGAACCUCUACUGACCCCCCGCAAGCCUCAGAAAGUGAGGAAGAGGAAGAGGAGGAUGUCCCGAUCCUCACUGAUGAAGAGAUGAACAAAUUAGGGGCCAGGCUGGUCAAGGCGGAGCUCUUGGGAAACACGGCUCUGGUGAACAAGCUGAAGGCACAGCUGGAGUCGGCGCGAGAAGCCAAGGAGAACAGAGGUCAGAAGGGCUCAGCCUUGAUCCCAAAGAGCCAGGUUUCGGGACGUGCAGAGGAAGACCAGGACGUGGUUCUCUUCAGGACGGACCAAGCGGGCCGGGCCUGGCCCAUCAACGCCCCGUCACAGCCCCCAGAGCCCAGAGGAGGCCGCAGGAAGAAGAAGGCGGUCGAGACGCACCGCGACGGCGAGCGCGUGCGCUACUUCCAGGACGACGACCGGACGGACCUGCAGGAGAUGGUGCGGAGAGAGAAGAUGAGCACGAGUCAGGACCAGAACGCCCUCUACUCCCGCAUGGCGGCCAAGAUGAUGGGGAAGCAGGACGGUGAUAACUACACGCUGGACGACAUGUUCGUGUCGAGCGCGGCUCAAAAGGAGCGCCCGGGCCAAGAGGAGGAGCGGCAGAGGAGCAGGGCCAUCCAGGAGCACCAGCGCUGGGCAUCCCUCGCCCUCAAGUGCCCCUACUGCUUCGACAGCCCCGAGCUGCCCAAACACCUGGUCAUCGCCCUCGCUUCCAAGGCGUACCUGUGCCUGCCGAACUGUGUGUCUCUGUCCGAGGGCCACUGCCUGAUCGCCCCACUGCAGCAUCACACUUCUGCCACCGGCAUGGACGAGGAUGUAUGGGCUGAGAUUCAGAUGUUCCGCAAGGCCCUGGUGAAGAUGUUCGAGGACCAGGACCAGGACUGUGUGUUCAUGGAGACGCACCUGAACCCAAAGAACCGCCGGCACAUGGUUUAUGAGUGCAUUCCCCUGCCCAGGGAGCUGGGUGACAUGGCGCCCAUCUACUUCAAGAAAGCUUUACUGGAGUCUGAUGAGGAAUGGGCCAUGAACAAGAAGGUGGUGGACCUCUCCUCCAAGGACAUCCGUCAUUCUAUUCCCAAGGGCCUUCCUUACUUUUCCGUUGAUUUCGGGCUUCAGGGUGGUUUCGCUCACGUCAUUGAGAAUGAACAUAAAUUCCCUCAUUAUUUCGGAAAGGAGAUUAUCGGUGGAAUGCUCGAUUUGGAGCCCAGGCGUUGGCGAAAGCCGAUUCGGGAGAACUUUGAUGACCAGCGGAAAAAGGUCCUGGAGUUUGCCAAGUGGUGGAAGCCCUUUGACUGCACGAAGACAGACGGCUGAAGACAGACAGACAGACGGCUGAUUCUCCGGGACAUUGCUCUGAACUCGUCAUCUUUGUUUUUAUUCUGUAAAUGUGGGGAUACUGAUACAUGUACAUCAAUCUUACUUUAUUGCUUAAAUAUUAUUUUAAAUUACAUUCAUGUAAUAAAAGGCAAAAAAACA